AGGGGGCCGGUGCCACCCCUGGCCACCACGUAGACACGCCUCUGGCUGGAAAUUGUUUUGAUCCCAGCAGACACACUCUCUAGUGCUCCACUCAAAGAACACCUGUCUGAAGCAGACCUGAAAAGAGAAGCUUGCUCAAAUAAAGAGGGCUCGGGAAGAGGAUGAAGUGUGCAGACAGGGAAGUUCUCUUGUGCGCACAGGGUGGGAAUGAAAAAAGAGUAUUUCACCACACUUAGCAUCAUUUUGGCAACACAUGACCUGCUCAUCGCUGAGAGCUUGCUGAUGAAAGGAAAGAGACUUGUGAUACCUGGCAGUACACAAGAAGAAGUCCUAGAGAAGAUACAUCAGGCACAUCGAGGCAUCACUAAACUCUUGGCAAGAGCACACACGUCAGUAUGAUGGUCUGGUAUAACAAAGAAAAUCAAAGACAAAGUGAGUCAAUGUGAAACUUGUGUCAAAAACAGCUUCAGUCACCCAGACCCCUGCUGAUUACUCCUUUACCCUCCUGACCGUGACAGAGAGAGACAGCAGAUCUUUUCCACUGGAACAAGAGUAAUAUUGUGCUGCUGAUUGAUUAAUACUCACACUACAUAGAAGUUGCUUCUCUCACUUCAACAGCAACAACUCCUGUGACAGAGAAACUGAAAGCGUUGUUUGCUCGUCAUGGGGUCCCAGAGGUUUUAGUUUCAGACAAUGGACCAUCUCCUGUCUGUUCCUUACUAAUAUCACAACAGUCAGAGACACCUUGUGAACGGCUCACUAAUUCAUUUAUCAUGAGGUUCCUGUUAGUUAAUAGUGUGUUACUCAUUUGUUCAGUGUAGUUAUUCAUUAACAAUGGAACAGUGUUCUAAAGUGUUACUAAUUAUUUAACAUGAGACUUUUCAGAAUGUCAGAGCAGCUCUGGUCUUGGAGGACCGCUGUCACGCAGAGUUUAGCUCCAACCCUAAAAACUCUCCUGCCUUUAACUUUCUACUAUUCCUGAGUAAUUUGGAUGCAGUAUUAUUUGUAAAGGUGUUUAUCCAACAUUGUGUUCUCACUAACUCUGAGUUAACUUUGUAUGAGACUGACACCUAGUGGACAUUUUAGGAUGUGAGUUUACAGACUUCCAGACACACUUGUUUUGCACACGUCUCUCAAACACAGAACCAGGAAACUCAGUGAAAGGAAACUGAAACUGAUCUGCUGUUGAGCUGUUGUUUGUGUGUCUGUAUUGCUGUAGACAGUGAAAUGGCUGAAGCCAGUGUUUUUUCAGUGGAGCAGUUCAGCUGUCCAGUGUGUCUGGAUCUCCUGAAGGAUCCUGUGGCCAUUCCCUGUGGACACAGUUACUGUAUGAGCUGCAUUACAGACUGCUGGGAUCAAGAGGAUCAGAAGAGAGUCUACAGCUGCCCUCAGUGCAGACAGACCUUCAGUCCAAGACCUGCUUUAGGAAAAGGAAACACCAUGCUGGCUGAAGUGGUGGAGAAACUGAAGAAGACCAAACUAAAAGCUGCUGUUCCUGCUGGACCUGGAGACGUGGAGUGUGACAUCUGUACUGGAAGAAAACACAAAGCUGUCAAGUCCUGUCUGGUGUGUCUGGAGUCUUACUGUCAAACUCACUUUGAGCGUCAUGAAGAGUUUCACUCAGGAAAGAGACACAAAGUGAUUGAUGCCACUGGACGACUGCAGCAGAUGAUCUGCCAGAAACAUGAGAAGCUUCUGGAGCUUUUCUGUCGUACUGACCAGCAAUGUGUUUGUGUACUUUGUAUGACAGAUGAACAUAAAAACCAUGAGACUGUAUCAACUGCAGCAGAGAGGACAGAGAAAGAGAAACACUUGAAGGAGACACAGAGUGAAAUCCAGCAGAGAAUCCAGCAGAGACAGAAAGAUCUUGAGCAGCUGAGAGAGGCUGUGGAGUCUCAUAAGCGCUCUGCACAGACAGCAGUGGAGGACAGUGAGAGGAUCUUUACUGAGCUCAUCCGCUCCAUUGAGAGAAGCCGCUCUGAGGUGACACAGCGGAUCAGAGAUCAGGAGAAGACUGCAGAGAGUCGAGCUGAAGGACAAAUGGAGCGACUGGAGCAGGAGAUUGAAGAUCUGAAGAAGAGAAACACUGAGCUGGAGCAGCUUUCACACACAGAAGAUCACAUCCAUUUCCUGCAGAGUCUUCAGUCUCUCUCAGCUCCUCCUGAAUCUACAGAAAACAUCUCUGUCAGUUUACUCUUUUCUUUUGAUGGUGUGAGAGAAUCUGUCUGUCAGCUGAGACACAAACUUGAGGAUUUCUGCAAAGAGGAGAUGAAAAAGAUAUCUGUCACUCACAGUAACAUUGUUCCCAGAACCAGAGAGGACUUCCUACAAUAUUCGCAUCAGUUCACUCUGGAUCCAAACACUGCACAUAAACGUCUCUCUCUGUCUGAAGAGAACAGAGUAGUGACUUAUACUCACACACCUCAGCCGUAUCCUGAUCAUCCAGACAGAUUUGAUCAUUAUCAUCAGGUGUUGUGUAGAGAGAGUGUGAGUGGACGCUGUUACUGGGAGCUUGAGUGGAGUGGGAGUGGUGUGUAUAUAUCAGUGUCAUAUAAGAGCAUCAGCAGGAAGGGAUCUGGUUGUGAGUGUCUGUUUGGAUGUAAUGAUCAGUCCUGGAGACUGUACUGCUCUCCCUCUAGUUUCUCAUUCCGGCACAAUAACAAAGAGAUUAAACUCCCUGUUCCCUCCAGCUGCAGGAGAAUAGGAGUGUAUGUGGAUCACAGAGCAGGAACUCUGUCCUUCUACAGCGUCUCUGACACAAUGAACCUCAUCCACACAGUCCAGACCACAUUCACUCAGACGCUCUAUCCUGGGUUUUACGUUUGGGGUCGUCAAUCAUCAGCAAAACUAUUAUAACGAUCUAGAUUAUAGAGAGAUCUACACAUUGUACUGUUAUAUGGUGAAUCUGAAUAUUUAUAUUUUAUGUGUAUUCAUUCAACGUGCACUUUUAUCCAAAGUAACUCACAAAAGAGAAACAGUGAAAUGUUGUAGGUCUUUUAUUUUCUAAUCUUUAAAGGGGUCUUGACAUGAGAAAUCAAAUUUGUGUUGAUCUUUUGGCAUAUAAGAGGUCUUUGUAUCAUUAAAACACCCUGCAAGUUUCAUAAACGUCCUUCUCAUUAAACAAAGCAUUUAUUUAAUCAAGCUCCAAAAACGCCAAGAUGAUGUCACCCGGGCACAAAGAUUUGCAUAAACCCCGCCUCCAGAGCAAAACACUCACAUGUGAGAGCUAGGGGCGCUGAUACUGUUUCCUGUGCAAUGAUGCCAAUCAUAACAGUGGGCGGUUACUGACAAGCCUUAAAGGACCCGCCCCUUAAAACAGCUCGCUUUAGACAGAGGGUCAGAAUAAGGGUUCAGAAUGAUAAAUGAUAAACUUAAUAAACCUCAAUGUGCAAAAAAAUCCAUGUCGUGACCCUUUUAAAACUAAACUACAGCUGAACUUCUGUCACUCACAGUAACAUAAAUUAUACAAUACUUUAACUGAGCAAAUACUUCCUCACCAGAUUAAUCUUAUAUUGAUUGUAAAAUUGGUAAAAUUCUUUGUCUUUGGACAAAUGGUUAAAAUGUCAUUCUAUAACCAAAGUCACUAUUUUAGUUAUUCAGGAGUCCCAGCUGAGUCUUCAAAACAAAAUCUUGUCACCCAAACUCAGUUCAGCUAAUGAAGAUACAUCAAGAAAUCUUGGCCAAAAGAUUAAAGAUUCAGAAUGGCUUUGUAUUUUCAUAAUCUGAUACAGCUGUGCUCUUAUUACACAUGAGAGGACCUUUAAUAAGCUGGACUCAACAUUGAAAUACAGCGGAAAUCUGCAUUUUAAGAUUACUUUUUAUCUCAAUGAGGAUCCAAAGAAAUUGGGUGCAUCUGAACUAAAUUCAGUCAAAGCUAUAAAACUCAAUUAUUAUGCAGAUGUGACAGUAUUGUUGUCUUUUCCUUCUUUCUUUCAAUACAUUUGCAGUUAUCACAUCUGAUUUUUCUGUCAUUAUGAUGUAUGGAGUGUAGAUUGAUGUGAAUGAAAAAUAAAGGAUUUUAGCAUUAGACUGCAACAUAAAAUGUUGGGAAAAUGAAGGGUUCUGAAUAUAUUUUAGUACAGUGACAGAUGCCUACUGAAGUGAAACCAUCUCACUAUUUGAUUUUAUUGUACAGCAGGUUUAAAAAGUCUCCAGACUGGUUAAAAACAGCAUGAUUUUUCACAUAAUGUACUAAAAUUUAUUGAUUAAUAAAUGUCUCUGUUUCAUAUUUAAGACAUCAAAUGCAAAAAUGGGGAAUAAUGAAAGAGUAAUACAAAUGAACAAACUGAUCAAAUUCCUCACAAACUGUGGGAAAGACGAGAGGACUAAACUCGUUCAGAUUUCUGCUUCAGUAUUUA